GGGCAGUCUCAGCAGUGACGGCGGCGGCGGCGGCGGCGGCGGCGGGAGCGGUACAGUAGUAGCUCACCGACCGUCGGUUUUCCUGCGACCACAGCGGCGGCGGUGGCGGCAGUCGUCGCGAGGGGGCGCUGUGUGUGCUGGUGUACCCUCCUCCACACCGCAGUGUCGUCCUCGAGGAGUCGUCAGUCAGUCGAACUCCGCCAACGGAGCGGGAGGGAGGAGAGCCCGUCUAGCAUAGCACCGGCUCGAGACAUCGACAUCGAACAGAGGGUCGUGUUGAACCAACAUAACCCCUGCUCGACAUAGCGGAUCGGUUCGACAUAGCAUCGAAUCGUUUUGAACCAGCACGGCUCGACAUAGCUCCUCGGUUCGACAUAGCCCCGGUUCGAGCGGCCCGGUUGAAACCCGUCCAGUUGUGCCAGUGGAGUGUGGUGUGCGGUUUGCAUGUGGAGCUCAUAGCGGGUCGGUCGGUCGGUCAGUGCGCGUUUGGUGCCGAAUACCGAACGGUUCCUGGUGAGACUUCCUGGUGCCACUGGUGCCGCUGGUGAUUGGUGAGGAGGAUUGGUGAACUCUGGAGAUAUGAAGGUGGUGCUGGUGUCAGUGCUGCUCACGCAGUUGUGCGUGAUCACAUCGGAACCAAUUUCAACGCUGCUGUUUCCCGACGACCCGGAGUUUCCAGCCUACAAGGAGCACCUCAUCACCACCACCCGUCGGCCGGUGAGGGUGCACAAUGGGCGACAACAGAAAAAGAACAGAAUCAACGGUAUAUCGCAGACGGCUCGGUCGUCCCGUUUCCGCCCCGAUCCAAACGCCAAGAAGCAGCUUACAGACAUCACCUCGUACCGGCAGGCGCGACGGCAGUUCCGGUAUGACCGGCGAGACCCGCAGAGUUUCGACGACACCUCCCUGGUGGGGGUGCUCCCCCCUAGAAGGGGAGGCUCGUCCCGUGCCCCUCCUGCUCCCCGGCCCUCCCUGACAGUGACCAGGGGAGGCAUGCCGGUGGUCGAGAUGGGACCCGAUGUCACCCGACAUUGUCCUAGUCCCACCGGGAGAUUUCCGAUAAUGCGCCACUGCGACAAGUACCUGGAGUGCGUGUUCAGCUCGGGUUACCUCCGCUCGUGUGCUCCGGGCACCCAGUUCGACUCGGUAUCCGCCCAGUGCACCUUCCCCUAUAAGGCGCGCUGUGCCGACGACUUUGAACUCUAUGAUGGUCCCGACGACCUGGCGGCCGCGGCCUCCACCCUGCCCCCUCUCACCCCGUCCGUUAUGGAGACACCCACGGCUCAGCUGCGGGCGGACGGCUCCGUGUCCACCGAGUGUCCCCGGCCGGCCGGCAUGUUCGCUAUACCCAACAGGUGUGACGCGUUCCUGAACUGCUGGGCCGGCGUGGGCCACGUCCAGCAGUGUGCGCCCGGAACCCUGUUCAACUGUCACACCGAGAAGUGUGACUUUCCUCACAACGUGCGCUGCGUUCAGCCAGAUAAGCCCCAGGCGCCGAUGAUCGACGUAUCGCAGUUCGCUCGGAACGGGGUGCAGGCCCGGUCCCGGUUCGGCUCAGUGAUGGCGCCUCCGUCCGGGCAGAGGCUCAGAGUGCGGGGAGGACGAUCACUGUCCCAGGGUCACGUGCAGAUGUACCACGAGGGCCAAUGGAACCAUGUGUGUGAGGACGAGUUUACACGACAUAUGGCCGAUACGUCUGCUGGGACAUGGGCUUCAAACG